CUAAUCCUAUUUUUGCUGUAGUGCAUCACCUAAAGCCAGUAAACAAUUUCAAUGAAAAUCACAGUUAUGAUUUGCCUUAAGCAUAAAACCAUAAACAUCAUUAUUAUGCCAAGCUCACUUAAUGAAAUCGGUGAAGCCUAACUUGCUUGUCGUCUAUGCAUUAGUAGGUAAUCAGGUAGCAUAACCAAUCGGAAAUUAAACGGCUGGUAUGUUGUACGCGUAAUUCUUAAUGAGUCGAAGAGUGCAUAAAAGACACCCAAUUUCUAUCCCAUAGUUAAACCGAAGAAGACAUUCAGGAAAGAACAACUUGGAAGGACAUCUUGCUUUUGUUGAAAGUAAGUUCGACGACUAUUAUCUAUAUAUUCAGUACAGAAGCACUAUUUUCGUCGUGUUCUCAUUUUAGAAGCUCGAGGGGUAUAUAUAAGUCAUCACUCGAACCGUCCAAAUUCGUCUUAUAUUUUUCAUAUUCAUGCAGUUGUAGCAACCGAGCUGUGUGAUUUCACUGUGAGUUGUAUUUGAUUCGUAAAAUAGGUACACGUUCUUCGUACAUUAAAUGUAGGUACAUGCAGACCGUACAGUACAUAGUCAUACAACGCCCAAACCAGCCGAAUUAGCGGUUUACUGCAUGAGCAUACAUUUAGGGCUUCGCAACAGGAUAUCCCAUAUUGCCGAAACGGACAGGGCGUUCAAAGCAUGGCUAUAUUCUAGCUAAACCGGCAGCAUAUUACUACAAAUAAUUCGGCAUGAUCUGAUCUUUGUAUUCAUUCAUAUAGAUUAUGCACAGACUCAACUUAUGCCUGUUUUCAAACUUUAAAUGAUCAAAUUCCGCAUUGAACAAGAACUAUAGAUUUUUGCCGUCUCAGCGUAUCCCUAUAGAAAAUGUUCUGUUUAGCAUCCCGCCUUGACCGCCGUACUUUAUUCGAACGAUCGUUUACGCAUGUGUCCGUAUUAUAGUUACGAAAAAAUAUUCAAACCCGGCUCAAUAUAGCAUACAGAUGUUGAUCGAUCUUAUAUAUUUUCUGUUUGUAGGAACACGCCCCAGUUAUUUUGAGAUUGAAGAAAAACGACGUUCCAAUCAUUUAAAAAUGCUCAGGUUGUCAGCAAGUUUUGUCGCGCUUUUGUUCGUAACCGGUAAGUAUCGUGAUAGAUUGUGCAUGUUUAUUGUAUACAAUAGAUAUAAAAUAAUAUGCUUCAUGUACAUUUUGCACUUUCAGUCAGUGAGCCUAUAUAUAGGCCGGUUCAGUUGUCGAAUUCCUUAUGAUUUUGUCGGUUCAUGUGUUUUUGAUUGUGAUGGACUAUACAUAAUCUAAAGUUCACUUUGAACUGCAAGUUAGGGUAGCGAAGAUAGCAAACUCGUCAAAAAUAUUUCUCUAAUACUAUAGGUAUUUUAUAAUGCAACACUAGUUCAGUGCACAUACAUGGCGGGUAUAUUUACACAAAACUAGAAUCCAUUAGAUUAAGUUUAAAUCAGGACGCUGCAUGCAUAUACAGCUACCUCGACCUCUUGAGGCGGUUUUCCACCAAUAGGCGAAAUUUUUCGACCGAAUCGAAAUUUUUUUUGUCUUACAACAAGCACUCAGAUGGAACUAAACAGAAAUCUUUUGAAUUUGAUCGAAAAAUUUCGGUUCGAUCGAAAAAUUUCGCCUAGUGAGUAGUGGAAAACCGCCUUAAGUGCGUAAAGUACGAUGGACAUGCAUGCAGUAUAUAAUUGGCAGUCCGAACACUCCAUAUACCGAGGUGUCCCAUGCAAAAACACCAAAACUAUUGAAAUAACAUUUUUUUAGAUUUGAAUGCCUCAGCACUCUGCUGAAUCCACAAGUGUAUAAAAGCUUGACAUUUUAUGCAUGAAGAAACUGUUUAAGAAGCUGCUUAAAAUUCCCGGCCAAGAGGAGAAAAUCGUGCGCUGUAUAGCCUACAUGCAAAGAUUCGUAUUUUAAUUUCUUGAAUUAGGAAGUCAAUAUUUAUAAUAUAUGCACCCUGUCAAUGUUUUACGCAUCUUUGCAUUCAGCUUAGUGCUAGGGCAUUCAAAUCGAUCUGACAAUACGUUAUUUAAAUAGUUUUGGGUUUUUUAACGGUUAAGCGGUUACUACAUUCCACAUAAGCCGUUUUGGUAAUCGGCAUUCCCGUUGAUCAGUUUCAUCUUUCUCGGAUUUUAUCUGCUCGUCUAUCCCAAUCAAUAGCAAACCUGGCAGAAUGCAUUGGAUUUUUAAACUUUUUAAUAUUAAAAAAAAGCAAAAUAUAUUGGGUUUUUAAACUUUUUAAUAUUGAAAAGUGUUGUGUGAUGUGCUUAACUCCUUUGGGAAUUAAAUUCACUUGAUUAAAUAAAUUACUAACAUGUAUGCAUGAACAAUCUCAUCAUCAUAAUAAUGCUUUUCGCGCUCACAGGUCAAAGUUUGGCGGUCUUCUCUGGGCAACCUUAAUGAUUAGCUGUAUAUAAGCGCCCUUGUUUUAAAUGCCCUCAACGUGCACUAAACUAGAGCGUGAUGAAAGCCAUGUAUUACGGGAAAUAAAAUGAAAUGUAAUUAAACUCCACGUACAUGCACAUUUUAUGAAAAAACCACGUAUAGGUAUUAAUAAUUCAGCAAAGCCUUCGAUCCGCAUGCCCAUGGGAUCUAUAGUCGAAUAUCUAAUCGAAACGUCAUCACACAAUUUUUCAAAUGUUUACCAUAUUUGGAGUGAGCUAGCAUAUUGUAUUGCAUUUUUAAACGUUGUUGUUUUAAAUAAUGCACUUAUAUCUUUUAUGAAAUCAAUGGGAAUUAAAAUUAAUUCCGUGUAUUUAAAUUAUUUGGCGGAUAACGUCCAAAGAAUUAAUAGCAAAUGAAUUAAUUAUUGCCAUGUAUAUACAUUACUUUGUAGCUAAAAUUCUAGCAGAGGACGUUUGUAAAAACAGUGGCACACCAGUAACUGGAACUCAUCAGAAAUGUGAUUGCGCAACUGGAUUUAAAGGAUUUGACUGCAGUCAGAAAGGUUACUUUGAAUCAGAUUAAUUUAUUGAUAAUUAGAUUACUUGAGAAAAACAUUUUUAAUAAUUGUUAUUUUAUCAAUACGUGCAGUUACUGUGUGCGAUGGAAAUCCUUGCAGAAACUCAGCAGUGUGUGUGGACAAUGAUGAUGGUACAUUCACGUGCAAAUGUCAACCCAACUACGAAGGAAUUCUGUGCGAAAAAAAGGGUAAAAUUAGAAAAGAAGAAUAUGAUUCUAUAAUUUAUUUGAGGGAGCAUUGUACACCCGCGGUCGACUCGAAUAGACUGAAACUGCACGCAUGUCUGCGAAAUCCACUUAGUACAUUGUUACUGGCCUGUUGACCAAUGCAAGAAAAAAAUCCUCAACCAUAAAGUUGAAUUAACCAGAUUAUGUUAUAUGGAUUCUUUAACCAGGAAAUCUCGGUUAAUAGUCCACCUAACAUUACCUGGUUAUUUUAACCAUAUAGCCUGGUUAAGCUGAUUAACCAGGAACCUGCUUAAACUAGCCACGAUAGUGAUCAACUUAACUAGGAUUGUGAUUAAAUUAACCAGGAUUAAGUUACCCCCAAAAGAGUGUUAAUUUCAGAUUUAACCAGGAAGUGUUUAACCAGGGUGUUUCUAUAUAUAGUGUAAAAUAUUUUCUGAUAACUACGUUGUAUUUUUAAGUUCGUCCAUGUGACAAGCAGCCAUGUAAAAACAAUGGUAAUUGUUCAGAUGAUGGUGUAAAAUGUUUCAAAUGUGAAUGUCCUGAUGGAUUCAAAGGAUUUGAUUGUUCUAAGAAAGGUUACUAUAUACGAUUAUUAUAUUAUGAAGAUAAUGGAGCAUAAGUUUUGGUUAAUUGUGAUACAUUUAUGGUAGAUUAGUUGGUUUACAUGCAUGUUUCCACAAACAAAAACUUGUAUUAUCUUAUUAUUCGCCAUGCAUGUAUGCAUGCAUGCAAAACAACAAACCCUCAUUGUCCGACACCACCUGGUGAGCACGGCCGCCCAUAGCUUUUUUGAGGCCAGGGGCAAAAUACCCUCUUGCAGCUCGAUCUCUUCCGAAAAUUAAGGCUAUGUCUUAAUUGUAAAAAGCGUUCAAAUUAAGACAUUGCCUUAAUUUUAAACCUAACCCCCCCCCCCCCUAACCUCUAACCCCUAAUCCUAAUAAAUUCUUAGUCUAACCCUAAUUCAAUCCAAAUCUGGCGACCUCUUUUUUACAUUUUUUAAGCCAUAUCCUUAAUUUUCAGAGGUUUUACAAUUAAGAUAUAGCCUUAAUUUUGAGAAGGGAUCAUGUUGCCGCUUGGGAGGUUUUGCCCCCCCCCCUCUGGGCGGCCCUGCUGGUGAGUCUGUAAUUCUUUCCACAAUGAAAGUAUUUGACAAUGAAAAGCCUAUUCGAAAAUUAAUCCCUAAAAGAAUCGAUCAUUUUGUUUUUUUUUGUCGUUUUAUCAGACAAUAAAUGAAGAAAAUUUUUUAUAUAUAGUUCUACCAUGCGAAGUAUCUCCCUGCCAAAAUGGAGGUGUUUGUUCCAAUGAAGAAAACGGAAGUUUUAAAUGUACCUGUACAACUGGCUAUGCAGGUUUGGUGUGUACUAGGAAAGGUAACUGUCUAUAUAUGUUAAUUAUAUUUACAAAUAACAAUAAAUUAUUAUUUGAACGCUUACUAGGACGAAUCAAAAUCUUAUUGCAUGCAUGAUUAGUUCACUCUUAGUAUAUUAAUUUCAUGACUAAAGUCGCAUUAAAUUAAAUAAUUCAAACUCAGCAUCAUCCAUAUAUCAUGUAUUUAGGGAUGGGUCAAUGUUACCUGCUGGAACGAGAGCUGUAGGUUUUCGACUUCUCAAAGUCGUCAUCAGACAGAAAGAAAAAUUAAAUGAUAUAAUAUAUAAAUCUCGUCUUGUUUUAAUUCAAAUCUCGAAUAUUCUUCGGAAUUUAUUUCUUUCUAUAAUAUCUUAAAUUGUUGGCUAUUUGUGGUUUUUGGGAACAUAAACCGAAUUCUAAACCGAAUUCUAUUAGCGAUUUCUAUCGAGUGUAAGUAAUUUAGUCAGCCCGCGAUAGUCAGCCGCGGGUAGUCUGCCUCGUACAGACAGCUCUAAAAACGUAUAAUAUCCUUUUCAAAGCAAACUACAUGUAGGUCACAACUACUGCAUACGUAGAUCUGCCAAUAUAUUCUGCAUGUUUUGGUAUAACAUAAUCUAAUGCACCUGUUUUUAAAUAAGAUGAAUAAUCAUAAUAAUAAUAAUAGUAUAUACAUCUAUAUAUAGGUAUAUCUGACUUAUUAAACUUAAUUUCACAUGUAUAGAGACACUCUUUGCUUCUACUGUACUGGAAGGUAACAGUGAGUGGAUUGAUCAACUGCAGAAAUGGUUGCCGUCACAGCUACAGAAGAAAAAAAUGAAACUAUGCUACAGAGCUUCGGAUAACGGAUGGGCAUCCAGCACUUUCCACAACUUCUGCGAUAACAAAGGACCCACCGUUGUUUUGGUGCAAGCUGGAAAGUAUGUUUUCGGUGGAUAUGCUGCUGAAGCAUGGGGAGGUAAACAAAACAUUGCUAUUUUAAUGUACGACCCUUCUCUAGUUUCUAAAAUGUCAGACUGUUUGUGUAUUUCGAAGUCCCCUAUAGAGUUAUUGAUCGACGAAUACCUGUUUAAAAUAAGGCUGAAAUUUGUUAAGCCACGUAUAAGGCGUAGCCUGUGUUCCAGGGUAUAGGCGUAUAGCUAAUGGACUGGAACACAGGCUACGUAUAACUAGCAUUUGACAACAUUCUUUAUAUUCUUGUAUACGUACUAUCAUCAAUUGUUUUAUUGAUAUUAGCCUUAUGAGGUUAUUAAACAUGUGACGUAUAUAAUCUUUCCAAUUCCAUUAAAUGCAAAGCUGAAUUAUUAAUAAAACGUUUGUCAGUUUUGGAAUAUAAAAUAUUGAUAUAUAAAGAUAAUGGCAAGUGUGGUUGUUACACCCUAUAUGGACUAAUUAAUAUAUAGACAUCGAUUUAAUAUUGAUCAUCGAUUGUCUGUGAAUAGUUGUAUCCUUGUUUGAGAUCCGUUGUCAAUUGUUAAUAUCACCAAGUAGUUCAAACCACUCCUAGUUGUUGAGGGCAUUAUGAAAAAAGUUUUACCUAUUUUGGUGGUUGAAGUUGUUUUGAAAACUUCUAUAUCUGUGUAGAAAAUGGCUGUAUCUGUGAAUAUAGCAGACAAUAGUUAAUUCAGUGUUAAAUUUUUAUCCUGCAAUAUUUUUUUUAGGUUCUGCUCGUUACAUAAAAUCCGAUACAUCCUUCCUUUUCUCCUUCUCCAACAGAGACAGCCUUGAACCUUUUAAAUCCCCAGUCUACCAAAAUAGCGCGAAUGCAAUGUAUACCAAUAACGGUUAUGGUCCUACAUUCGGUGCUCAUGAUAUUUACAUUGCUAACAACGCUAAUGGUGGAAUAGCAUCCUACACCAACUUCGGUUACAGCUACAAACCACCCUCUGGUUAUAAGUAUGGUGGACAGGAAGCCAAACAGUUGUUGGCAGGAUCCUACAAUUUCACCCCUAGUGAUGUUGAAGUUUAUUAUUUUGACAAUGGUAAAUAGUUUUCUUGGACAGAUUGCUGGGGUCUGUUAAAAUAGCGUGUGUUUGAUAUCAGUUAAGGUCUGUAGAUUGCAAAUUUGGUUAUGUAAGGUGACUAAAGUGUGUGCUUUAAAUUUGUGAAAACUGAACAACUGAAAUAAAGAAUGGUUUGUUUUUGUAUUGGUAUAGUUUGAAUGGUAACUUACGGUCAUACACUCCGCAUAUAGUCGACACGGAGUUUUGUAUGCAGUGUUAUACAAAUUAGCAGCAAGUUCCCUUCG